AUGGAAGAUGAAGCAGGAGCAAGUGGUGAAGGAAAUAUGAUGUCCAUUGAAGAGGGUGUUGAUUUAGUUGAAAUAAAUGGAGACAUGUAUGUGGGAGAUGCUCUUGUGGAAGGCAUAGAUGAAGUGCAAGGCAACGAGAUUGUUGCUUUAACUCCUACUGGGAAGGAAGGAUUUGGGGUUGUGCAUUCAGGUGGGGCAUAUAGAAGAAAAGCAGGUAAAGAAAGGAAGAGGUGUAAUACAACAUGGACUUGUGAAUGUUAUGGUAGGCCCGAUAGGAGGAAACGGGUAAACGGGCGUAGGGUGGUGACGGAUUCUAUGAUUGAUGAUGAUUGUGGUACGAAGAAGUCAAAGAAAUGUGAUUGUACUGCUAUGAUGUAUGCUACUUGUAAUGAAGAAGGGGAGUGGAAAGUUAAGAAAGUUAUAAAUGAACAUAAAAACCACGAGCCAACGCCUUCAAGGUCUCGAUAUAUUAGUAUGUAUAGGAAAGAGGAGUUGUAUAAUCAUGUUAGAAGGAAACUUUUUAACGAUUAUAACUCGGGGUUGAAGAUACCACAAAUUCACGGAUGCCUUGCUAGGGAGAGGAACGGGGUAGAGGAUUGGGUAGUAACUGAACGUGAUUUGCGCAAUGAAGUGAAUAAGGUGAAAUGGUUGAAACUUAAAGAAGGUGAUGCCAAUGCUAUGCUAAAGUAUUUUAACAAAAAGAGUUCUGACAAUCAGAAUUUUUUUAGUAUGCAUAGAUUGGAUAAUGAUAUGACAUUACAAGAUAUUCUAUGGGUUGAUGCUCGAAGUAGAGUAGCGUAUGAAGAGUUUGGAGAUGUGGUUUGUUUUGAUGCGACUUAUUUGACUAACGAGUAUGAGUUGCCAUUUGCUAACUUUGUAGGCGUUAAUCAUCAUAGGCAGAGUAUUUUCCUAGGAUGUGCAUUAAUUUCUCACGAGAAUACGGAGACUUAUGAGUGGGUUUUCUCUACAUGGCUAAGUUGCAUGGGUGGUAAAAGUCCUAUGGGCAUUCUUACAGAUCAAGAUGCGGCAAUGCGGAAGGCACUACUGACAUCUAUGCCCGAAACUCGACAUUGA